AUGUUUCCUAUCUUUUUCUUCCUGUCCUCCGUCACCAUGCAGUCGCGGCAAUACUGCAGGACACCACAGCCGCCACCCCAACAGCCUUGGUGCUCCUCCGCUGGCGCUGGUGUGCCAAAGCCCGACGCGUAUGCUGCUUUCACAUCGUCGUCAUCAUUGUUGCCCAGUCCUGCCCUAACACCACAGCAUCUCCAUCCCUAUGUGAGGAUGCAGCCUCUCGGCAUCCCCCGCCAGGGCGGCGCGCCUGCUGCAUCAGCUCUUACGCCGCCGCAGGCUGUGGCUCCGUCCCUAGCUCUGCCACAAGACACCACCGUGCUCUCUGUCCACUCGGCCGCCUCUGGCAACAUCUCCCAUAUCGGUGUUCGCGACGUUGCUGAGCUCGUACGCCACCUUGCCGAGUCCCGCUACAUGACCCGGCAACUGCAGCAGCGCGUCCAUCAGAUGGAGUCCUUCUCCUCCAUGCAAACAGCAGCCACAGGCGACUCCGCCAUGAGCGGCGUUCCCGCGCAGCAAGGGACCGCAGACGCAGUGCAGGCGACUGGAGAGCGUCUUGCCGCGAGUGGUGAGGCCGAUGCCGCCGCCGCAGCUGGACCAGCGACGCCUCUUUAUUACCCCAAUCAAAGGAUGGCGACGAGCGAGAGGCGGCAACGCGCCCCCAACGCACGAGGUGGGGGGUGGACGCGCACCGCAGCCCGCGGCUCCGCUAAGGCGGCAGAGAAGACGAGGAGAGUCUUUGCAGCCUUUCCUCGGCCUCGGUCGCGUAACCCCCUCUCUCCUCGCUCUCCACACCGCUGCUCCUCGACAACGUCGUCGGCACCCGCCACAGCAUCGACCACCGCAUCUGCAACCACCAGCAGCCUGCCGUCCACCAGUCCAGCCAGCUCCAUCGCCGAGCUGCCAGCGCGUUGUGUGUCCCCUUCUCCGUCAUCACGGUGUGCGUCGAACGGGGCCUGCUCGCCCACACCCCGGAGGCACCGGCGGCGCCGAGCAUCACUAAGACCGUAUGGGUCUCGACGAACGCACUCGGCACUAGAGAGGCCAAGACAGCGGCCGCAUUCUUCGGCCCCCGUCAUCUGUCGCGACACCGCCACAGUUGUGUCUCGUAAACCGGAGAUGCAGCGCCGCAGAGGCAGUGCCGAGCGCCGCCGAACACAGAGUCGCUCACGGAUGCGCCGCCAUCACAGCGCGCACGGCAGCCACGAUAGCACGUUGUCGGCAGAGAGAGGAGGUGGAGAUGCAUGUGCCGCAGCGCACGCUGCGUCUGUUUCACUGGCCCGCCACUGCCGACGCUCCUCAGCGACCGAGUCGAGGCGACAUCGCCGCGUUAAAAGCACUGCCGCACGUUCCAGGCACCGCGUCUCCUUUUCCAGCUUGCCGCCUCCGCCAGCCGCGCUGCCUGCACCGGCCCAGAUGCGGCGCGCAUCAUCGAAGAAGGUACAGGCGCUUGUGUGGCAGAGUCGCUACUACGAUUUACUGGCUCGGUACACGGACGAGACGACGCGGCGGGAUGCCGAUCUGGCCGAUAUCUACGAGAUGAUCGAGCACAUUAGCUGGGAGCAAGACCGUUCUCGGUAUUCCCAUCGUCAGCGGCACCACGCGCAAACCGUGGAGGGUGAGACGGAUGGCGGAGAGCGUCAGCUUUCACGAGUUGAUGCAACACCGCGUGGCAGCGCGCGAGGUAUCGCUGAUGCACCUCAUGCCGCAAUCGACGGACACGCUGUAGCGACACCACAGGCGGUCGCUCAUACACCCAACAACGGCACCAUGCGCACCAAGGCCGAUGACGGCGGCCGCGGCGGUAAUGCCACCGUGAGUGAUGCGGUGACCCCUGUACACGACUCUCUGGAGCGCAUCGAAGCGCUGCGUCGUGAGGCGGAUGUGUGGCGACAAGGUUGUCUUGCCCUCCUCCAACAGCAGCAGACGCUACAACAGCCACAGCAGCAGCUAGGAGGAGAGUUGACGUGGGUCAGCGGCACGUCCGUCGCGCCACUGCCACCGCGGCCUUCGUCGGUGGCGGCAGGGCGGUCACCGCUGACACUCGGCACUGGGCCCACCUCACGUCAGGUAGAGCUGCUGAUGAGCACGCAUGCGCCCACCAUGGCGGACGAAGGAGCAGGUGUCACACCUGGGAGUGGGGACGGUGGGUGUGAAGGGGAUGUCUGCACUGCAGCGGUGCAUCUCGCCGAGAAUGCCGUGCACAGCAAGGCGUCACCGUCAGCGCUGCCGAGCCACCCCACAGCAGCGGCGCCUAUGGCUGCGCAGACACCGCAGUGCACAUCACCAAGUGCCACCCCAGCAGCAGCGGCAGGAGAUGCAUCUUCACCAGGUCUCCAGCUGUACCAUCCGUACGCCCCACCACGCUUGGCUAUCAGCUCACACGUCUCCUCGGUAGGGGCGGCGAACUUCGACUCACGGUUUCCGACGCCACCGCUGCCGUCGCCGCCAACGGGCUUUCCCAGCCCUAUGGCUUCUCCCUUGCACACCGCGCCAGCGAAGCCACCUCUAUUUGUGGGUGUGCCCGGGUAUCAGCCGCUGCGCACACGCCACGAGUCGCGCGCCGCCUGGCCGAGCCAGGCUUUUCCAGCCUCACUCCCGGCAGGUAAAGCACCGCCAUACGGCACCAGCGCUGGCUACACUUUUCCUGCCGCCACCUCAGCCCUCCAUGGUGCGCCAUCCUUCGACGCGAUUGAAGCAUGCGCGUGGGGAGGCGUGACGAGAGGUGGGGCGCCGCAGGGCCGCGGAUAUGCAGCCAGCAGCACGUCCCCGUGGUCGAUCGAUGCAACUCUUGAGCACCAGUGUCACAGCAACGUGCCAGCUUCCUCGCCCACCGCCGUGCCCGAGGCGCUCACACCGUACCCACACGCUUCCUCCCUCCUCCACGUGCCGCCUCCUUCUUUGUCCAUGACCGCAGAUCUUGUGUGCGCGCGUGAGCAACUGGAGCGCGACAUUCGCCGACAUGACCAGCUGCUGGCUGCGAUUGGGAAGCUGCAGAAGACGGCAGCCGAGCACGCCACGAGACGCGCGCUCUAA